UAAAAAUGAUGUCAAGAACGAAUAGGUGGAGUAAAGUUAUUUUAUUGACAUUGGCAAUAUUCUUUACUGCUACAAUAACCAUUAAUGCAGCUGAAGAGUCGGAAGACCGCAUCUCAGACGAGUACAGCAAGGCGGAAUAUUGUGAUAUUGCAAAAUGUCAAUUACCGAAUUGUCGUUGCUCAGCACAAACUCUGCCGAAGCCUGAGUUUCAGGGGCAUGAGAAGGAAAUCCCACAAUUCAUAACAGUUACUUUUGAUGAUGCGGUAAAUAUAAUUAAUUUCCCGCAAUACCAGCAAAUAUUCGAUGGAUUGGUAAAUCCUGAUCACUGUCCAGCGCGUGGCACUUUCUUUGUGUCACAUGAAUACACUGAUUACUCAAAGGUAAAUGCACUUUACACGGAAGGUCAUGAAAUUGCUUUACAUUCGGUCACACACAGCAGUGGUACCGAUUAUUGGCGUGAUGCUGAUGUGGAUUUACUCGAACAAGAAUUUGGUGGUCUCAUUGAUAUGCUGGAGGCUUAUGCGAAAGUUAAUCGUAAACAUAUACGUGGCAUGCGGUUGCCUUUCUUACAAUUAUCCGGUAACAAUUCGUUCAUAGCUGCAAAACGUGUUGGUUUGAUCUAUGAUAGUUCAUGGCCCACACAACGGUUUAGAAAUCCAGCUAUGUGGCCAUAUACGUUAGAUUAUCACAGUUUACAGGAUUGUGUUAUUAGUCCAUGUCCUGAUGCUUCCCUACCUGGUUUUUGGAUUAAUCCGAUGGUUACUUGGGUUGAUACGAAAGGUUAUAGUUGUUCCAUGAUUGAUGGCUGCAUAUAUCCACCAGAAGAUAAUGAAGAUGCACUCUUCGAGUGGAUGUUGGAGAAUUUCAAACGACAUUAUGAAGGCAACCGGGCACCAUUUGGUAUGUAUUUGCACGCUGCUUGGUUCUCACGUCUACAACACGCCUUACCUGCUUUCAGAAGAUUUCUGUUACAUGUCAACACUUUGCAGGAUGUUUAUAUUACGACAGUAGCACGGGUAGUGCAGUAUAUGCAUCAACCAGUGUUGGGCACUCCGUUCAAAGGUUGUGUUAAGAAGCCAAAAACUGAAUGCACUCCUCGAAGUUGUGGCUUGACAAAAACUUCAACUGGUGAGAUACGAUACAUGACCGUUUGCGGUAGUUGUCCACAAGUUUAUCCUUGGUUGGGUAAUCCUUUGGGAAAACAUUAAACUCUGCUGCGUUUCAUAAUAUAUUUAUAAUAAUUGCUAAUUAAUCACAAUUAUAUGAAAUUUAUUCUCAAUUAGUUAAAGUAGCAGCAGUUCGUAAUUCGUGACUUCUAAGCAUUUGAAUUGUUUUUUUUAAAUAAAUUUUGAAAGUUGAUUCGGUUUUUGAAA